AUGACCCCUGCGUUAACGCCCGCCUUGCAAGCUGACGCGACGACAGCCGGUGAGGUUGCCUGUGCCCUCUGUGGCCAACCAGUUCCUGUCUCCCAGUCCAAGUACAUGGCAAAGAAGCGGGACUUCCAGAGCGGCAACUACAGCAUCACGGAAGAGGUGGAUGUUUUACAGCAAGAAGCAUACCAGCUCAUGGCCUAUGUAAUCCUAUACACAAACAUCGAAGCAAUCUAUGGUUCAGACGUCGGUGGCGUAACUAGACCGCUCACCGAAUUUCGAAACAGGCAGCAGCUAACGACGAUGUCCCAACAACACAUGUCCAUCACGCUGCUUAUAACAGGCCUCAAUAUAUUGACUAUGCGGUCUACUAGCAAGGCUGGAGCCAAGAUCGAUACCAUCCAAUUUACAGACCCAGAAUCAUCAGCCAAGGUGAUCAUCGCAAACACUAAUAUCAUAAGCACAGGAAUCAACCUGAACACUGCGUGCUGCAUAGGAAUUACUACAACUCUCUGCCAUAAUGCUAAAGCGCUGCUGAAGGUCCAUGGUCGCCUGCACCGCCUUGGGCAAAGCAAACAAGUACGCCGGUUCAUCAUGGUGGUCAAAGACUCAUCCCACGACCGUCAGGGUGCUUACCAAAUAGGCUCGACAGCUUUCAGCGGAAUGCAACUUGCCAGACUGGAUUGCCGGGUUGAUGAGUAUUUACAAAUUGACAUGGAGAGAUGUUUAAUAUGCUCACCGACACUACAGAUUACAUGA